GCCGCCAAAAACGCCACAGCAACCAUUUGCAAAGAGCCCGUUCGAAACAGAAGCCAUGUUGCACCCAUUGCGACCGCAGUUUCCGGAGGUCUGGCACUCGUGUUCGUUGUUUUGAGGAUUUAUGGGGCAAUAUUCAUCAGGCGCGAGUUUCAAUGGGCGGACCUCUGCGCUGUCCUCGCUAUGAUCUCCUCCCUCCCCAUGGAUGUGGGCGAAUUCUUCAUGAUGGCCCAUGGAAUGGGCAGGGACAUUUGGACACUCUCGCCGGACGAAAUCACAAACAUCGUGAUGUACACGUGGAUAACGCAGGUUUCGUACAUUCCCGCGAUUAUCCUAACAAAGAUCACCAUCGUUUGCUUUUUCAUGCACGUGUUUCCGGCCCGUGGCUUUCACCUCAUCUGCUACGGCACCCUGGUACACUGCACCUUGUUCAUGGUGUCAACAACCAUCGCCGCGAUUCUCGCCUGUAUUCCCGUCCAGUAUGCCUGGUCAGCCUGGACUGGAUCCGGGGACGGCGUGUGCUUCGAUAACAAUUCGUUCUGGUGGGCCCACUCGGCAAUCAACAUUGCAACAGAUUUGUGGAUCCUGGCACUGCCCAUUCCGCAGCUCUUGAAACUGCAACUGGGAAAGAAGAAGAAGAUCUACCUGAUCCUCAUGUUCAGCGUUGGCAUUGUCAUCACCAUCAUUAGCAUCAUUCGCUUCUCUGGUCUUGUUCAGUACUCUACGUCAUCCAACCCUACAUACAACAACGUGGAUGUGGCCACGUACUCAGUCAUCGAGUGCAACGUUUCCAUCAUGUGCUGCUGCAUGCCGUCGCUGCUCUCCUUCCUCCGGCACGUCUUUCCCGCCGUCUUCGGCAGCACAAACCAGUCUGGCUACAAAGCUGGGAGCUACAACGUUGCGAAGUCUCCGUUCCCGAGCAACGGCAUCCAGAAGAGCGUCACCAUUUCAUACAUGCCGCAACCUAGCGACUCGGAUGUGGUCGAGCUUAUGGACUUGGAAAAGAAUAAACAGAAUCAAUACCAUCAGUGGUGAUUUGAUUAGAUGGGUGGGGUGGAGCAGAACUCAGGAGCGACAAGUCGCGCGUUGACUAGACUCCUAUGUACUAGUACAAAGAACAACUUCCAAUGCUUUUUCUUUUCAGUGCUCAGGUGCAGGCGCGGGUAAGAGUAUCCGCCUCCUGCCUUGCAGACUUUGAACUUAUCAACUUAGGUAGUAGGAUAGAAGCUUGUUUUGCCUUGCAGUUUAAGCUGCUUGUAGGUUUGGGUACUGUAUUGUAAUAGGAGUCUUUAAGUGCUGUAGG